GGCGAGCCGAGUGUCUCCAAGAUGGCCGCGUGGGGAAGGAGGCGUCUGGGCCCAGGCAGCAGCGGCGGCAGCUCCCGAGAGAGGGAACCAACAGUAUUUAUAAUGAAGAACAUCAGACUCUGAGCUGUAACCUGAAUUCUUGUCCAAAAUUCAGCAUACUGGCAGCCAGCACAUCAGACAGAGUACCACUUGUCCUGCGGCAUCUUUGAGGCACACUUGCCCAUCUAGGAAAGCACAGAUUGUAUACUGUGUGUACUUCCACCUGUGUGCCAGCCUGGACCAGCGCACAGACAGACUAUCUUACUUGGGCUGCUUGGUGUCACUCUCAGGGCCCCUGAGCAUCCCUGAGUUCUCCGUGAUUGUCGGAAUGGUAAGCUUGUCGGCCACGGACUGCUACAUUGUGCACGAGAUCUACAAUGGGGAGAACGCCCAGGACCAGUUUGAGUACGAGCUGGAGCAGGCCCUGGAAGCCCAGUACAAGUACAUUGUGAUAGAGCCCACCCGCAUUGGUGACGAGACAGCACGCUGGAUCACCGUGGGCAACUGCCUGCACAAGACGGCCGUGCUGGCGGGCACCACCUGCCUCUUCACCCCAUUGGCACUGCCCCGGGAUUAUUCCCACUACAUCUCCCUGCCUGCCGGCGUGCUCAGCUUGGCCUGCUGCACCCUCUAUGGGAUCUCCUGGCAGUUUGACCCGUGCUGCAAGUACCAGGUGGAGUACGACGCCUAUAAACUGUCCCGCCUGCCUCUGCACACGCUCACCUCCUCCACCCCAGUGGUGCUGGUCCGGAAGGACGACCUGCACAGAAAGAGACUGCAUAACACGAUAGCAUUGGCCGCCCUGGUGUACUGUGUAAAGAAGGUUUACGAGCUCUACGCCGUAUGACUGCAGGAGAACAGGACGCGGAGCAGAACCACACAGCCCACAAGAGACGAGAGGACUCAGAUCGCCACAGCAACACUUUGGGCUCUGUGAGGCGGCAGAGCCUGGGAAGGUGUUUGGUUUCAUACUUGUUAUUUUUUAAAAAUAACACAGAUCAUGGGUAUACCAAGGGUUUUUUCAGCUCAUUACACUAAGGUAUGGAUUUCCAUAACCCAGGACUGGGUCCGUGGCUGUGGAAGUCUGACUAGGUGGUGGAGUGUGGAUGGAGGCCAAUGCUACUGAUGGGUGUGAACGCGCUUGGGGGUGGGGGGAUGUCUUUAAGUGUAUUGUUUAACUGCACCAUUCAGAGCCAACCAGAAGCUGUUGACCAUUAAAAUUAUGAGAAUUUCAA